AUGGACGAAACUAAAAGCAGGACAACCCUGGAAGGGAAGCUGUUUGAGGCUGCAGAAGACUUGAGACCGAGUCUCAAGAACGAGCGAGGACUGCCGGAGCCUGGAGGCUGCAUUCCUCGCUCCACUCCCCCUGCCCCCCCCGCGUCCGGCCUUCCCCACCCGCCUCACCGCAUUCCCCCAUCCUCACCCUUCCUUCAUAUCCUGUCGUUCCACACAUUCCUGUGCAUUCAAGCGAGGCCCCAAGCUCUGCUGAAGAUGGACUGUCAGGGUCUCGUGGCCAGACUUGUCAUGGACUUCGUCCUCCUGACCACCGCCGUCGAGGUGGCCGGGCGCUGGAGGGAGCUGGCCGAGAGGCUGGCCAAGGUCUCCCGGCAGCAGAUGGACGCUUACGAGGCGCCGCACCGCGACAAGAACGGCGUGGUGGACAGCGAGGCCAUGUGGAAGCCGGCGUACGACUUCCUGGUCACGUGGGCCGCUCAGAUCGGCGACAGCUACAGGGACGUGAUCCAGGAGCUUCACAUGGGCCUGGACAAGAUGAAGAGUCCCAUCACCAAACGCUGGAAGCACCUGACCGGCACGCUGAUCCUGGUCAACUCCCUGGACAUCCUGCGGAGCUCCGCCUUCAGCCCCGCCGCUCAGGAUGACUACGCCAUCUGAACUCUUUAUAACCUUCCUAUGCCCGAUGAGUCCCCGCUUCAGCUCACUCCUCUGGAGCCUCGUUUCCUAACCUGGUUUAAAAUGCUGCCCAUCAGCUGACUGCCCCUGAACGCCAGUACAGCUGGUGCAUGUUCUGUUCAACGUUGCCCGGCGGAACCCAAAACAAGACACGGAGCUCACAUGAACUACACAGACUACCAUGUUGUAUAUUUAAGUAUUUUUCUACUCUAGUUAUGGCACAGCCUUUUUUGUAAAGCAACACUUUGGUUAAGAACUGUGGAUCAAACUGCAGAAACACUUUUUCAGACUACAGAAACUUUUUUAGAUGCUUGUUGCAGUAGUUUCGUCAUAUGUACAUGAAACAAUGGUCAGAUUGUUGUUCCUUUUGGUCCUUCUUAUUUCAGAGAGCCAAAUAAUUCAACACCAUUUUGUCCCGUUUUGAUUCAAAACUGAAAGACGUUAAAUCAUGCUUCAUAAUUUAUUCAUUAGUCAUUUGCUGCAAGGUUUGACCCUGUUUAAGGACUUUUCUCAAGGUUAUGGAGUGGGUUUGUAUUUAGUUCUUUUGAACUAAUUGGCCAAGAAAAGGUGUUCUGAAAUUAUUUUGAACACUUUUUACAGUUUUCUGUCUACAUUUUCAGUUCCACUGAGAUCAGCAUUACCAGCGUCCAUUAAAACAUCUCAGUUUAAUGACUUCUCUUUGUACGGAGGAGUUUAUAUGGUGGCUGAGAAAGCUCAUUUUUGGCUACUUCAAAAUGAACUAAUAUUGCCUUUAAAAAUGAUUUCCUCUCUUACAGAUUUCUAAAGUUUUGGUGUUUGGUUAAACGUCUCUCAGUGAGGUAAAUGGACUGAUUUUGUUUGCUAUGAGCCAUCCAGACUUGUUCCUGUCAGUGUGUGCAGAAUCCUAACUGAUGGCCGAGAAUGUUUUCCAUCAAUGACGACAAAUCAGCCAGGUCGCUCCAAACCAUCACACUACCCCCAAAAUGUUAAACUGUCUUCAUGAUGUUUGACUUGUGCAAUUUUGUAUUUGCUUUUCGUCAGGUGUAACAAGGAUGCACGCCUCACAAAAAGUUGUUUUCCGCUUUUGCACAUGCGACAACUGCCAUUGCUUCCACUUUUGUACCAUCAAUACACACAACAUGUUACCAAAAGUCUUUGGUAUUGGUUGUUGACAAAUGUGAGUGUUGCCUUUGUGUUCUCUCUGGUCAGAGUCAUUGGAACGGUCACAUGGACACAGUUGGAUAAAAGAUUAAAUUGUGAACUCAGACCUUUCCUGUGGCAUGUGAGGUUUGCAGUGCUUUAGAUGGUCAUUGUUUUUUUAUGACCUCCUGGAUGAGUUGUCGAUGUGCUCUUGGAGUAAUUUUUAUUCAGCUGCCCACUCACUGUGGUUGACUGGAGACCCCCAGACUUACCAAAGGGUUGGUAACCGUUUCCAGGCAGAGAGAUGUCAAUGACUGUUUAUUUUUGCUUUGCAAGUAUUUUUUAGCCCACUUCAUGUUGUGCAACAGGUUCUAUUCACGUGGUUUUCUGAUUGUUCACUUCAGCAAGUCAUCAGGUCUAAAUGGCGCUGGUGAAAUUAACAAAAAUUUCAUGGUUUAUCAAGGGAGGUGAUGACAUUUUCACAUAUGGACAGGUUGGUUUGGAGAGCUCAUUUCUUGAAGUAAAUCAUUAUUUAAAAAAACUGAAUUUUGUAUUUAUCUUUGUAAGAUAUAAACAUUUCUCAGAGGAUCCACAAUUGUGACAGAAAAGCAGAGAACAGAAGAAAUGAGUGAGUGAGGUGUUUGCUUGACACUGAAUUCUGACUUGUAAUUCUUGUUGCUGUGUAAAACACUCUAACUAGAGCUCUUAAUCAAUUAACAAAGAUUAACUACUUAAUUGCAAAUUAAUUGCAAUUAAUCACAUUUGAAGUCAGCUUAUAAUAAAGAAUUUAAGUCAUCAAUUCAACAAAAAUUACUCUUUUUUUUUUUUUUUUUUUUUACCUUUGACCUACUUUUAAAAACUGAAAUAAAAACAUUAAAGGGGCUGUGCUUGAUGUGACCAAUAAUUUUUCGACAUUUGGUUAAAAGGGCAUCAUGCACUGUCACCCAGUUACAGUGGUUGCUCUCUGUAGAGCGUGUGCAGUGCGAGGCAGAUCAUUUUUCAUCGAUAGCACGACUGAGCAAACAGAAGUGUACACAGCAAUGCAGAGCGGCCACUUUUAUCAUUGCGUUAAUUUUAACGCAUCAAAAUAAAAAAUGUUAAUAGUUAAUGCGACGAUUUUAACAGCCGCAAUUAAAAUCAAACUGAACUAUACCAAAUAUUUUCAAUUUUAAUUAAAUAUGGAGAAAAUGCCAUGUGCCAGAUUAUACUGCUGCAAUGCUAAAGAAGUUUUUUUUCUUUUCUUUUUUUAACUAAAGAUGCUGUCUAAUCACUGCUCUGCACAUUGUGUGUAGCAUUGUCCAUAAUCUUUGUGUAACAUUCUUUGGACAUGCAGUCCCAACCUUCCUUAUCAGUUUUAGUUUCUUUGAGUCAUUGCAUCUGCAGUCCUGACAGAUGGCUGCAAACAGUCGCUUUGCCACAGACCGCUGUCCACAAACUAACAGGUUUCCUGCAUUUGCACUUCUUAUUUACAAGCGGACACAAUUUCUGAUGAAAAUUAGACUUUCAGAAACAUGGACAUGGGUACAUGAAGAGAUGACACCUUACCCUGCUGGACAAGAAAGUGAAAGGAGAUAAACAACAGCGUGUUUUAGGAUCAUAGACAUUAUAUAGGUAGAUAAUCUGGAGCUGAUGUUUCAGUGCGGCCGCCAUCUUGGAUGGGUCUCUCCCGUGCUCCCAUUGCACUGAGAAAGCUGUUUACCCAAAUAAAAUAAAUCAUAACUCCCUGAAUUUUUACCAGAUUUUCACACGGUUUGGUUUUUACAAACAGCAGAGACGUGGUUAUGAUACGGGACGCUGUCACACAUGGAAAGACAUGUUUUCAUGCUGAAAUAUAUUGUUUAAAUAACGUAUUUCAUAUAUUUAUGGUCUUUAACAGACAGACAUAUGCCAUAGUACUGUAUAAAUAUAUGAAUUCAUACUGAAAUACUUUUCAGCUAUUUAACAAAGAGAUAUGUGGUAUUACAAAUUAACAAUUGUAUAAAUUAAUACAUUUUAUAUUUUAAUAAAGAAGCAACUUGGAUUGUUCAUUUAAAUUUAUUUCACUCUCUCUCACACGUACCAUCGGGAGCUUUCUCUGCAGACCAACAAUAAUUACUUCUUUUUAAAGGCCUGGAAAAGAGUUCCAGGUCUUUUCAGUGUCUUACACUACCCUGCUUGCGACUACAACUGGAGCUUAAGACCCUUGAAAAAUAAGUGUUUUGCACAGCUUCUUGCAUGUGUUGGCACUCUGUAACUCUAGGGUACUUAAUUUGGCAACAUGAUUCAGCCUUUGUUUGUGACAUACAGAGAUAAAAGAUUAAUAAGCAUAAAAUGAUGGUCCAUCUGUUCGGUUUCUGCAUUGUUCUCACCAAGUAAAACAAAUCCUCAGAGCCAAUCUCAGCCCAAAAUGGUGAUCUGCACCACGUCAUCUACUUUCAGUAGUUAUCCCCGGUUAUUGCAACCAUAAGCUGCAGAAAAUACGGGGCAAAGUUGCUCCCUCUGUGUUUCCUCCCAUCGGCUCCUAUUCCAGCCAAGAGUAGGAGAGACCCAUCCAAUAUGGUGGCGCCGCAGGAUGCGCUCCAGCACAUAAUGAGGCGUCUACAUACAUAAUGUCUAUGUUUAGGAUCACUAGCCAUGAGUCGAAAGCUUUCAUGUGUUUUUGGGGUAUACUGUUUUUUCUUAGAGUAGUUUGUAGAAAUUGAUCACGACAACAUAGCUGGGUAUAAAGUACAGAUUCCCAAAAUGCAAAGUGUUCAAGAAGCAUAUAAAGGGAAAAGCCAAUUCUGCUUUGUGCAUAUUUAGGUUGAUGACCUCACAUGAGGUACAAGAACUGAGCUGACCAUCUGGCAUUAAUACAUCUGUACAGAAUACAGUAAACACCUUUAAAAGAUGGAUUUGAUUGCAGAAACACAAAGAAAGAGAAAAAGUAACAACAAACACAAACAGACUUACUCUGAAGAGCUCCAUGUCAGCGUCUCAAACUUAAAUGUGACAUUAUGCCUCAUGUCAGUUCCCAAACUUUUCCUGGAGGCCCCUGUGAUUUAAAGGAAAGUUGUCACACACCCCUCCCAUCAAUCUUUUCCACAGUUGAACAAAGAAAAGCCAACUGCCGUAAAACAUAUAACAUAAAAAUAAACAGCAAUCUUCUUUAAAUCACAAAACUACCACUUUUAAAAUGUAAUUGUUUUAAGUUCAACUGUCUAUGUUACUGUGUAAUUGAAUUCAACAUUGCCAUUAAUAUAUAUAUUUUAAAUAGCCUUUCAAAAUUGGUAAUUUUUCCCACUCCAUUUCCACCAUGCCCUCUCCUGCUAUUACACUACGCCCCCCACUUUGGGAACCACUGCCUUACGUGAUGUCACCAGUGGUGUGUGUUUGUAGAAGCUUGGGUAGGAUACUUUUUAUCUAAAUAAAUAUAAAUUUAUUACAAACUAUAAAAUAUGACAACAACAUGUUCUACAGCUGUUGGAAGUUUAAUUGAUUUGAUAGAAAAGGUUUGACUAGUAGCUUUAAUGCAGCACAAAAAGAAUGAUUGGGUUGAUGUGUUGGAUUAAAUGGCUGAAAACAAUAAUUACACUGAUAAGAUUAAGUGACAGUAGGUCAACACAAUCCUCCAUUUUGCAAACAAAGUCAGCUCUUAAAGUUACAGGGUUUUUGAACGGUGUUCAUUUUUUCCAGACAAAAAGUACAUGAAAAUGUGGAAACUGUAAUGAAAGUGUCUGACAUUUUCAGCAAGCGAAUAAAAAUUGGAGGCAGAAUGAGUUGGGAAAAAUAGCCCCGCUUAAUCUAAAAAAAAAAAGGAAAUCUGACUGUCGGUUUGUUGACAAAAUCUCGCUUUUUUUCAUUUCCUCUUCAAAUAAAUGAUUUUCUUUUAACACCUUGGUGAAAUAUUUAUGGUCUAAGAUGGCCUAAAAUGCAUUCCCCUAAAUUCCCAUUAAAGACAAAAUUUAACAUCACCGUAGAAGGUAAAAUGUCGAAAGAUCCACCAAAACUAAGAUGGUUACAGAUGACUAAGUGGUUGAUAAAAUUAAAAUGCGAUGAAAAAAAUGAAUAAAGUACAGUCCAGACCCGGUUUACAGGUUCUCCCUUCUAACACAUUCACUUUGUAAAUGUAGUUAUAACAUGCUGCACAUGUUGAGACAAAGUAAUAUUUUGCAACUUGGCAAAGCAGCUUUUUGAGCUCUCUCAGCCACCUUACGUUCAGUCACAGGACCUUAAAAACCCUACAGAUACACACUCUUAGAGCAGGAGAAGGAUUUAGCUUGUGUCAGUCUUUCAUCCCUGUUAUCAAUGUACCAAACUUUGUGUUCCUUCUUCUAUUGAACAUUUAGUGACACUUUUUUGUCUAUCCUCAUAAAAUGUAUUUUCUGCAAGGCUUGCCAAAAAACCAGAGCGCUCUCAGAUGUCCACUGUUGUUAUGACACUGUCUGUUAAAGCGUCUUGCUGUUUUUCUGUGUGUUGAUAACAUAGAGAUCCUUCUUGUGACUGCAUACUUUUGUGUCAAAGCAGCUGUAAAUAAAAUGUAAAUAUUGCCGGA